AUGCAUAAUUCGCACAGGGAGACCAUUUUACAUUUACAAACUCGAAAUAUAGCUGAUGCUCAAUUAGCAUCAUUUAUUGAACAAGAAAAUCGAAAACAACAUUUUCGAUCAGUCGUACAUAUAUUAACUGAAAGAUGUUGGGAUUUAUGUUCACCAAAUAUAUCAUCAAGACUUGAUGAUAGAAGUGAAAAAUGUUUGGCUGAUUGUGUUGAACGUUUUCUUGAUUCAAGUAAUUAUAUUAUGAAUAAAAUUAGUCAAGAAGGUGUUGCAGCACGUACAAGAAUCAAUGCAAAUGAAUUUAGUUCAUUAACAGAUUUUUCAUUAGGUGCACCUGAUAUCGGUCUUCAAACACCAGACUUUUUUACUGAUUAUAAUCCAUCAUCUUCAUCAAGUCAACAAGAAAAAAAGAGUAAUUGGAAAUUUUGGUAG